CUUCUUUUUCUGUGAAGUUUUGUAAAAGAACUUUACUCACAGUGACAGUUUAUCUGCUGGAGACUCAUGGCCCUGAGCAAGAUCCGGACCCGCGCCCCGUUUCUUUGGACCCUUACUAUAUUCAUUAUGACCGGGGCUUUAUAUACGUUAAACACAUUAACACCAAAGAACAAAUGGUAUCAGCCUCCCCCCAAGAGUUAUCAUUCCAACGAAGCAACCCCAUCCCUAAACACAUCUCAUAACCUCAAAGCCGAAGAGAUCCAGAAGAUCCUGAAACUCCUUGAAUGGCCGGAACCUCCCAAUUCCACCAGCUUCCUGUCAUCUACCAAUCCCAAUACCACUGAGUGCUCUUUGCUGGAUCCACGUACUACAUACAACGUGGGGGAGCGUGUAAAGGUCUUCAUCAGAGCUCGAGACCACAAUGGUCACCCCAAAACCUAUGGGGGGGAUUAUUUCCAGGCCAAGCUGCAUUCUCCAAAUCUGAAAGCUGGAGUAACCGGUUCCAUCACGGACCACAAAAAUGGCAGUUACACCGCCACCUUUCUUCUUCUGUGGCCUGGAAUCUGUAACAUCUCUAUCUCACUCGUCCAUUCCAGUGAAGCCAUCGUCAUCCUGAGGAAGAAGAGAGAGACUCGCCCUGAUAAAGUGUAUUACGCUGGAUAUUUCCACUAUAAAAGGAAAAAGGCUGUAGUGGAGUGUAAUGCUCAGCCCCCUGGACAGGACGUGUGUUCUUACCGCGAUUCACAUACAGGGGAGGAGUGGUUCUGUGUGCGUCCACAAGGUUUUCCCUGCACCUCAUACCUUGAGCAUUCCAGCAGCGGCAAUCGUGAAAUACUGACCUCUGCCGAGCGAGAGUUUCUGAACAGCUCUGUCUCCAAUAAGGUGAUUCCAUCAGCCCUCCCAGGUCUUGUAGUCCAGCCCCAGAAGAGAACCACUGAGGUUAAAAAUAUCUGUAAACCCGGCUUAACAAAUCCAGAACCGGCAGGGUAUUAUUACCAGGAUAAGUGGAAUUCCCUCGUCUGCAGGAACCGGAAUUUCCCCACACCUGCUACCGUCACGGCCUGUCUGAAGGGGAAAGUCGUGUACAUGUUUGGGGACUCAACGCUGCGGCAGUGGUGGGAAUACCUGGUGGAUUUUGUUCCAUCUCUUCAGAGGGUGGACCUCCAUGUGAGUUACACCUCCGGGCCCCUGCUGGCCACGGAUACAGAACAUAAUUUUCUUUUGCACUGGCGGGCACACCAGAGACCCCUAAGCAUGAAGCGCACCCGGCUGCAGGAACUGAAGUACAUCGCCAACGAGCUGGAUGGCAUGGGAGGAGGAGACGACGGAUUGGUGAUCGUUAUAAACUGCCUGGCUCAUUUUAUCUUCUUCCCAGUUGAUGUUUAUUUGAGAAGGAUGGUCAUUAUCCGUGAUGCUGUGGCCCGGCUACUGGAGCGAAGUCCAAGGACCAAGGUCAUAAUUAAGUCCGGGAACACGGGGUUCCUGUUUAUCCACGGCAGCGACUGGUUAUCCUUGCAGCUGGACACGGUGAUGAGGGCCGUGUUUUCAGGACUCCCAGUUACCAUACUGGACGCCUGGCAGAUGACCUCCUGCCACUACCUGCCAAAUAAAAUCCAUCCCAAGAAGAUCAUUAUAGAGAACAUGGUGGACCUAAUGCUGUCCUUUAUCUGUCCCAAAUAACUGGCCAAAACCGCACAUGGCUUUAACCGCUUAAGGACCGCCACACGAUCAUUUACGUUGAGAGAAUGGCACGGCUGGGCAAAUGGGCGUACAGGUACAUCCCCUUUAAUUUGGCGCUGUGUGGUUGCGUGCCGGAGGCGGCGCACUCGCAACCCUGUGACUGUGCCCGCGGGACCCGCGGACUCGAU